UGCCGCCGCACAGCUCUCGCUCGCUGGCUCGGCUCCUCGCGCGCCCGCGGACGCAGCUUCCCGCCUCCAGCCUCCAGCUUUGCGGAGAUGGUUUCCCCAGAUCCCCAAAUUAUCGUGGUGGCUCCCGGGGCUGAACCCGACUCUACGCAAGUCCAACGCACUGAGGACGGGGGAAUCAUUAUCCGGAUAUUUUGGGUGGGUCCCAAAGGCGAGCUGCUCACGCGAACCCCGGUGAGUUUGGUCAUGCAGAUGCCGAUGGGGGUCCCGAUGGGGAAGUCGAUGCUGGUGCUGCUGACCUUCUUGGCCUUGGCCUCGUGCUGCUUUGCUGCUUACCGCCCCAGUGAGACCCUGUGCGGCGGGGAGCUGGUGGACACCCUCCAGUUUGUCUGUGGGGACCGCGGCUUUUACUUCAGACUUCCAGGCAGGCCGGCAAGCCGCGUGAGCCGCCGCAGCAGCCGUGGCAUCGUGGAAGAAUGCUGUUUCCGCAGUUGUGACCUGGCCCUUCUGGAGACCUACUGUGCCACCCCCGCCAAGUCCGAGAGGGACGUGUCGACCCCUCCGACCGUGCUUCCGGACAACUUCCCCAGAUACCCCGUGGGCAAGUUCUUCCAAUAUGACACCUGGAAGCAGUCCGCCCAACGACUGCGCAGGGGCCUGCCUGCCCUCCUGCGCGCCCGCCGGGGUCGCUUGCUCGCCAAGGAGCUCGAGGCGUUCAGAGAGGCCAAGCGUCAUCGUCCGCUGAUCGCCCUGCCCACCCACGACCCCGCGGCCCACGGGGGCGCCUCUCCGGAGGCCUCCGGCAAUCAGAAGUGAGCCAAAAUGUCGCGUAAUUCUGCAAGAUGGCACUGUCCACCUAGUGCCCUCCUCCUGGCCAGGGGCCGUUCCACCAGGCCCCGCCUCUGACCCCUUUUGGGAUCGCAUUCCCUCUGCGGGCUCCCCCAGCCCCGGCCCCCGCGCCCCAACCUCCCCAUGUCAGGCUCUUCUCUCCUUGGCCCUCUCCAUCGGGCUGAGGAGACUCUAGCAACAUCUCUAGAAAUGUGCAAACUCAAUUGGCUUUAAACAUCCCCCCAAAUUACCCCCAAAUUAUCCCCAAAUUGUGUAACCAGAAAACCGAAACUACGAACCCCCUAACUCUCCCUCCCUCGUACACACACAUUAGUCCCCUUAAAAAGAAUUGGCUUUCUAGAAACACCUGGAACGUUAAUUAGCUUAAAAAAAAAAUCCUAAAAUUAUCAAUUGGCUAAAAAAAAAAAAAAAAAAAAAAAUACCAGAACCGAAUUGGCUUAGAAACAAUCGUGAAAGAAUUAGGCCCCCCCCCCUCCUUCUCUUCCCAGGACCUCGAGUCAGAUUGGCCGUGGCUCAGGCAUCCCCUCCAGGAGAAAGGAAGGGACCCCAGAUCUGCAGGUGGGCACGUCCGGGUCGCAGCCGGCUCCCGCCUCCUCAGGCCGAACUCCGGUCGCGCCAUGGGGAGAAUCGGGCGUCCUCAAACCAGCAAAGCCCCAGACUCGUUCCUCGCGCUGCUUCCCAUCCCCAAAGUCACCGUGGAGCUAGAGGGGCCUCCCAGGGAGACCGAAGGAGGGGGAACAGAACAUGAACGCCAAAAUUUGUGGAAAUCGACUUUAUCGGUACAGAUCCCCAGACACCCUAAAUGCAUCCUCCAAAAUCCACACGCCCUCAAACUCUACAUCUCCGUUUCCACCCUAAAACACACACACCCACAGGCACCCCUGCAGACACCCCGACAGGCAUGCUCACACACGCAGACACACACAACCUCACACACACGCACACGCUCACGCACAGAUGCACACACGCUUCCACACGCACGCACACCCACACCCACGCACGCACACGCGCACACGGGGGUGCCCGGCACCGUGCAGUCUGUGUUCUGUCACAGACCUUUCCCGGACUUGCUCAUUGGUGAGGUUUUCAUGUCCUGUGCUCCCCUCCUGACUCCCGGGACGCGCUCCUUGGGUGGGAGAGGGGCGGUCCAUCUUUGGUGCAGGAGGUGGCAUUCUCCACGGUCCCCGUGGGAUGAGCCUCUGCCCCCAGGCCCCACCAGCAUCUGUGCCCCCUACCAUCAUGCGGAGCGAGGGCUGGGUUUGGCCUGGCUGGAGGCGGCUGUAGCCGAGCAGAGACCAAGACGUGCCUACCCCGGAGCCUGACCCCCUAGGUGUGCUCUUUGAAGAACAUCUGGGACCCCCAGCACACCUAGGGACCAUCCUUGCGGGCCUUCUGGGGGCCUCUCAGAAAUGAGGGGCCCCCCAGGAGGCCGGCAACGAUGGUGGGGAGUGUGGGAAGUCUGGCGGUUGGAGGGGCGGGUGGGGGGCAGUGGGGGCUGGGUGGGGGGUGCUCUGUAGGAGGAAGUGGUCCCGCAAGGUUCGGACGAUGACGGUCAGGAGUCACAGCGCAGAAUUACAGACCCAAUGAGGAACCCAAAUUUACGCCAAUUGAUCUAUUCCCCCCUUUAAUCGUAUCUCCUGGGGCUUUUUUCCUUUUUUUUUUUUGACCCUUCCUUAGCUUUUUACGCGCUCACACACCAAAUUAGACGUACUCCCGCCCCACGUAACAGGGGAGCAGAGACCAAGCAGUGCCACACAAGCCACCGCCACCACGGCCACCGCGGCCAAGCCGCACGUCCUGCUCUCCGCCAUUUAUCGUCCCAAUUCGGUUUUUGUUUGUAUCUGUCCCUGUCGCUUGGGUUGAGUCGAGAGUGGGGCCUCCGUGGGGCGCUGGCCACUGGGCCCCACGGAGAAGCCCGAGGGAAAGGAGCGGGCCGCUGCCCGGCCUGGCCUUCGGGGACAGUGGCUGGUCCCCGGAGGUCCUGAGGGGCGGAGGAGGGGGUGGGGAGGCGUCUCCUCGGUGUCCGGAAGGUGCUCGGAGGCCAUCAGGAAGGGGCCCCCGGCCGGCCCCGGCCGGCUGGGGGGGAAGGGGCCGAAGGUGUGUGAGUUGGGCUCCAUCGGGCUGGAGCAGGUGGCCGCCUUCCGUGCACUUGGGGAGCCCUCCCCUCGCCCCUCGGUGACAGCUUGCCCGCCUGCUCAGCACCCUGUCUUGUCCCCAGGAGGCUCAGAGCUCUGCAGGCCUUCCGGGGAUCCAGGCAGGGUGAGGUCGGGGAGUCGGGGAGGUCAGGAGGGUGCAGGCCCCACAGAGCAGGAGAGCUGCGACGGCGCUCUGUCGGCUGGGGUUGCUCGGGCCCCGAGGCCCACGGGUCUGGCAGUACCGAACCAGCCACCAUCUCGGCGCCUAGGGCUGUGGCAGGGAUCCGGGCGGCUGGGAGGUUUACCUCACCCCCGCUUUUGCCCCCAGCUCAGCCCCCCUGCACGACAGCCUGACUAGCAUUCUAGAGGCCCGAGGCUUCUGGGCCCCAGUAGCGGGGCUGACACGACCCUGGGGGCGGUAUGUGUCAGCCCACCAGCGGCUCAGAGGGGCCUUCGGCAGGCGUCCCGGGAAUGGGCCAUUCGGAACAUUGGACAGAGCUGAAAAGAGCCAAAUUCUUGUCAUUGGGAUGCAGACAGAUUGGCCUGAGAUCCAAAAAGAUUCGGAGGCACCCCAAAUUUCCUGCCCAUCCUGCCGGACGCCCAUCCCACCCAGUGUUACCUUCUGCCUCUCGUGGGGUGGGUGCUCCAGGGCCGUCUGCCGACGCUCCCCUGUGUCCCCCAGCAAGCAGCUCUCGCAGGGUCCCUAGCCAUCCCGACCCGGGCCCCCAUCUGACUUCCCGAGCCCGACUGUGGCCGCCCAUCUUCUCUCCCCCCUCAACUCUCUUCAGCGGGACCUCCUCUUGGGUCCCCCCCACCAUCGCCUGAAGACCCCCCACGUGCCCCGCACCGAAUGUCACCUCACCCGCUGCUGCAGUCCAUCUGGCAGUAGCCGUGCGGGCCUCCACUCGACCCCUUUAACAUGCUGAUAUUUCUGGCAAAAUUCAUUGCUUGGGUUUUGUCUUUAACAUUUAUCGCUCGCAAUCCCAAUAAAGCAUUCAAAUUUA